AGGUGAUCGGUUGACGAACUGAGGAACAAGUAAAUAGUGACGAGAGUAUAAACCCUACGACCCAAAACACAGAAGAGAAGAAACAAACAAAAUUUCCGAUUUGGGUUUCUCGAGCUCUGUUUCUUUUUUGAAGAAAAUGAAUGAUUCUGGGCAUGAGAUCGAAAUCAGAUGCCAUCAUUGCGCAGGCCCUCUUACGAAAAAUUUGGAAACCAGUGAAUGGACCGUGGCUCCGUUCAUCAGGGAUAGCUUUUCUAUGAUUGGAUCAGCUGUUGGUGGUACUGCAAGUGCAUUUAUUGGAUUUAACCAUGCAAUGCCAAUUGUACGCAAGUGGAUAAAAGGACCCAUGUGGUUACAUUUUCUUGUUGGGGCACCACCUGUCAUAGUUCUUUCAUCAGCCUGUGCUGGCCUAGCAGGUGGUACAGUACCGGCAUUGGCACAGCUCGCUUCAUCUUCAUACCGAGCAGCAGUCCAUUCGUCUCAGCCACCACAGGCACAAAAGAAUAACAAAAUGCAAAAGUCUACAACUUCUCCUCUGUAAAACACACUCAGCAAAGCUCUCUCUUUUGUUCUUUUUCUUUUCCAUCAUUUUUUUUUUGUAUGUCAGUCAAUGUGGGAGCUUCGUUCUUGGUGUAAAUACUUCUAUUUUAUAAAUACAAGGAUCAAUUUUUGUUGAUUCAGGAGUUGUGAGGUUUCUUAAUAAUAAUUGGAACAGUUUUGGCUC